UGGAGGCUUGGGUUACCAUAUAGCCGUUCCCAUGGUGACAUGCACUCAUUUUCAUUCAUACUCACCUUAUUAACACUACGUUACCGGGUAAGAGACUAAUUUCAAUUUAUCAAUAGGCCUACAGAUUAUUAUGUUCUUGUAAAAUAAGUAAUUAUGGCGAAUAACCUUUCGAUAUCCUCGGGCGAAGAGGAUUAUUUAGCAGCAGCGAGUAAUAGAUUUAGGCAAGCGCCAGAUGAAUUAGUGGUAUCUUCCGAUGAUCAUACUGUCCAUGAUGAGGACAGUUAUGAUGAAUCGAAUUGUUCUUGGAAAACGGCGAUCAAUAGAAAUUCUAUCCGAUCGGCUAAGAAAAGGGCAAGGGUUAGGAGCAAUAGCGAUAGUACUCUAAAUACGAAGAACAGUAAAAUGCCUAAAUUCUCUACUCCCACGCAUUCAAGCAGGAGGGUAGUCAUUGUUGGCCUUGAAAAUAAGAAUAUUUGCAGAGCAAACCCAGUACAGGUGUUCAAAGAAAUUCAUAAUCUGGUAGGCAAUCUGAAUGGGAAAGAGAAAGUGAAAAAUAUGAUGAUUUUGAAAUGUGAGAAUGACAUACAAGUCAGGAAAUUGUUGGAACUAACCAAGCUUGCUGGUAUAGACGUUAAAGCAACGCGUUAUGAAGAUAAUCAUGAUUUUACAACGAAAGGUGUUCUUCAUAGAAUAGAUACACAGAUAAGUAAUGAGGAAAUUGCAGAAGUAUUGAAAGAUCAGAAGGUAAUUCAUGCUAAGCGUUUUAUGAAGAAGAUCGAUGGUGAAAUAGUACCAACCCCAUCAGUUCUCAUCACCUUCAAAGGCAAGAAUAAACCCGAGACAGUGAACUUUCUGUAUGAGCUUAAACGUGUGGACAACUUUAGUCCACCGGUGCCAAGGUGUCACAAAUGUCAACUUUUUGGGCACAUGAAGGAAAACUGCAAGGGUAAAUUGCGCUGUGUGAGAUGCGGAGGGGAACAUGAUUUUGAAGAGUGCCCACAAAAGGAAAAUCGAAAAUGCUUUAGAUGUGGAGAUAAACACUCGGCGGCGUAUCAAGGUUGCAAAAUUUACAUAGAGGCAAAACAAAUACAAAAGGUUAAAUUGAAGGAAAACAUAUACAUACGCACAAGCGACUAGGGUGUAUCGCACUCAAAAAAAUGAAAUAGUGGAAGAGGAAAGUAAGACCAUUAGAACUAGCGACACUAAAGAAAACACUCAAAGGAAACUAAAGAAUGUUGGUCCCAUUUCAAAUUCAAUGGCAUCUGACCACGAAUCAAUCCAACAAUCAAAGAUUCCGCGCCCAAUCCGAGUACAAAGGAACAAUGAAGGAAGGCGGGAAAGAGAUAAGGAGUCAGGGCAAGGAACUGAGUCGAAUAACCAAAAGAAAGAUACCGUCAACACAUUAAUGAGUGUAGCACCCCUGGAUUUCAUUAUGUUUAUUCUAUUUGUGAUACGUAAGUUACCACAGUCUGAAAACGAUGAUCAGUUUUUGGAAUCUGUUGUACAUGCUAGUCGUAAUUUCUUAAAGACAGACAUAACAUUGGAAAUGGUCAAGUGCCACCUUUAAUAAAACAGUCUGUCUCUGAUCUAGUAAUAGUCCAGUGGAAUGCUCAAGGCAUGGUUUCGCAUGGGUCGGACUUUCUAACUUCUCUUUUUGAUAAUAAUUUAUUGGGUUCCAACCCAGACAUUAUUUGUAUUCAGGAAACAUGGUUUAAUGAUUUUAAUGUAUCGUUCAUUCCUAAUUAUUUUUGUGUUUGUAGAAACAGACAGGAUGGUAGGAGAGGUGGUCUGGCUAUGUAUUUUAAAAAGGACAUCGCUUUCCAGGUUAUGAAAGUUCAAGAGUUAAUCGAAUAUCAAAGGGUAGAUAUUUUUUCAAAGAAAGGCAUUAUUUCCAUUAUCAAUUAUUAUAAUCCCUGUAAAAAGAUUGAACUAGAAGAAUUAAACUUCAUGAUUAGAAAUGUGCCAGGGAAGCUUAUAUUUUAGGUGACUUUAAUAGCCACAAUCCUCUAUGGGGGAGCAGCAAGCUCGAUUCCAACGGAAAAACUGUUGAAUCUUUCAUGGAGUUUAAUGAUCUAGCAUUACUCAAUGACGGAUCACCAACAAGACUAGACCCGCACUUUGGUUCUUAUUCCAUGUUGGAUUUAUCUAUAGUCUCCAAGGAACUAGCUUGUAGUAUGGAGUGGCAAGUAUUGACCAAUAACUUUGGCAGCGACCACAAUGCAAUCGUGAUCAAAUUAAUACAGACAAAUAACGUAAAUAUUAAAGAAAACGCAACUAUAGGUUUUAGAUGGAGUUUUAGAAACGUAAACUGGGAAGAGUAUAGAAAAGCAAUUACAAAUGAAUUACUUAAUCUAAAUUACAAGAGACAUUACUCGGCAUGUAAUUUGGAUAUUCAAGGACGAUAUGAUAUAAUAGUUAAGGUAAUCUUGAAUGCUUCGAAGAGGUGUAUUCGUCGAGUGCGAAUAGGAGGAGAAAACAGAGGUAAAAUAACUCCCUGGUGGAACGAAGCAUGUCAAAAAGCGGUGGCGGAGAGAAAUCAUAUUAAAAACAGAUUACGAAGAUAUUAUGAUAAAAAUGAUGUUCGACUAUACUUGAAAAAGAAAGCAUUUGCUCAGAAGGUGCAACGGCGAGCACGAUAUGACUAUUGGUCUAAAUACUGCGGUAAAAUGAAUAGAUUUACAGAUAUCGGAAAAGUAUGGAAACAAGUAAAAGGAAUGAGAGAUAGCGCAAUGAACACUCAUAUUUUCCACAAUUUAAUCGUUGACGGCAAUAUCAUUAGUGAAUCUAAAGAUAAGGCUAAUGCGGUCGCCCGUUUUUUCAAGUCUAUUGACAGAUCUUUUUAUAAUAAUGAUCAUGAUGAUGGUGAAAAUGAAGAUAAUUUAUGUAAAGAAAUGUCGAAUGAUGACUGCAUUAAUGACGAUUUUAACAUGAAUGAAAUGAAGAAUGUUUUACAAGAUUUGAAAAACUCAGCGCCAGGUAAGGAUGAUAUUCAUGCGAUUAUGUUAAAAAACUUACCCCAAAUAGCGCUUGAUGUCAUAUUAGAUCUGUACAACGACAUAUGGAAAACUUCACAUUUCCCUUGUCAGUGGUAUGAAGUUGUUCAAAUACCUAUUUUGAAACCUGGAAAGGAUCCUAGUUUAGUGUCGUCCUAUAGACCAAUUUCUUUAUUAUCAACCCUGUUUAAAGUCAUGGAGAAAAUGAUUAAAAACCGUCUGAAUUGGUUUUUAGAUAAUAAGAAGAAGUUAAACCCACUUCAAUCAGGAUUCCGCAAAUAUCGUAGCGUCAAAGAUCAUUUAGUCAGGAUUGAAACAGAUGUUCAUUUAGCAUUGAAGGAGAAAAAAUAUACCGUGGCAGUUUUUCUAGACCUGGAAAAGGCGUAUGAUUCGUUAUGGAAAGGAGGUCUCUUGAAAAAAUUGUCAAUGUUAGAUAUUAGUGGAAAAUUAUUUUUCUUUAUUAGAGCUUUCUUAAGAAAUAGAUAUUGUAACGUGAAAGUUAACAAUAGUAUGUCAGACAAGUAUGUAUUAGAGCACGGAAUCCCGCAAGGGAGCUCAUUAAGUCCUGUCAUUUUUACAUUGAUGUUAAAUGACUUAAAGAUUAAAGAAAGUGGAGUAAAGCUAUCAUGUUAUGCAGAUGAUAUCGCGAUUUGGUUUACUAGCUCAAACUUAGAUCUGGUUCGCCAAAAGCUGCAAGAAGCCCUCCAUGAAAUCGAAAUCUGGUGCUGGAGAUGGAAAUUAAAUAUUUCUCACACAAAGUCUGUAGUUUUAGUUUUUACCAAUAAACAAAAGAAAGAUAUUACUUUGAAAAUAAAUGGGCAUGUUUUGCCUCAUUGUGAGCAGUUCAAAUUUCUUGGUAUGUGGUUAGACUCAAAACUAACUUGGUCUUACCACAUUAAUGCGAUUAUUGAUAAAUGUAAGAAAAGAUUAAAUUUAUUACGUUGCGUUUCGGGUACGUCCUGGGGGAAUAGGUAUGACAUUUUGAUGAUGAUAUACAAAGGUCUUAUUUUAUCUGUUUUAUACUAUGGAAGUGAAAUGUAUGAUUCUGCCUGUACAUCUCAUAAGAAAAAGCUUGACUCUAUACAAUAUAGAGCUUUGAAAAUCAUUACAGGAACGAUAUACAAUGUAUCAUUAGAGUCUUUACAAGUUUUGACUGGUGAAUUACCGUUGUAUCUUCGGAGAAAACUGUUUAAUGAUAAAUUUAGAUAUUAUUUGUUGUUUAGCACUUUAUGCCAUCCAAGUAGAGAAAGUUUCAUUGAACAUACGAACAGACACGAAUGGAAGGAAGGGGAAAGACCUUUCAAACUUCGAGCCUGUAGUGAUGAGGUACUUGUAGAGAAGCAAGACAACUUAUUAACAAGAAUCCCGGAAUGGCGUUUGUCCCGCCCCCCUGUGUCGUUUUGUGCUCAUCGUAUAAUUAGAAAAAAGGAUAUGCUAACGGCCGAGAUGAAAGCUAUCGUUCUAGAAAGAAUUGGAAUUGUGUGGAAUGGUUAUUUACAUAUAUAUACUGAUGGAUCCAAACAGGAAAAUUUUAGAACGGGGGCAGCAUUUUAUGUUCCUCAAUAUAAAAUAAAAAAGUAUUUCAGGUUAUCCAAUGUAAGUAUCAUGAGAGCGGAACUCCUGGCCAUUUUAAUGGCACUUGAGUGGUUAGAAUCCUUUGAUAAACCAUGUUCAGUUGUAAUUUUUUGCGACUCUUUGUCAGCGCUGAAUGUGAUUGAUUCAUAUUUCAUAAAAUGCACCAUUGUUAAUGAAAUUUUAUUUAAAAUUCAUAAACUCUGUAUGAAAGAUAUCUGUAUUAAUUUUGAAUGGAUUCCCUCACAUUGUGAUGUUAACGGCAAUGAGAUCGUCGAUAAAGCUGCCAAGAAAGGAGCCGCGAAAAAUUUUGUAGACAUCGUUUUACCAAACACUAUAAAUGAACUCACAUGCUCACGCAUGACAUUUUAUAAAAGUGUCUGGCAAGCAGAUUGGAAUGCGUCUAGAAAUGGUAGAUUUUUAUAUGCUAUUCAUGAUAAUGUUUUUAAGCAGGCAUAUAGAAAAGGUUUUUCUCGGAAAGAGGAAUGCCUCCUUCAUCAAAUCACAGUAGGUAAGU